AGAAUGAAGGAUUGAAAUAAAUAAAUAAUGACAAUGCAAAGUGCAACAGACAUUGUUAAAGCCGCUGAAGAAGGAGAGAUACGUUUGGUGGAGACGCUUCUGAAAAUGUAUCCAUCUCAGGUUGAUAUUCUUCAUAUGGGACACACAGCUUUACAUGCAGCUGCACGCAGUGGAAAUGUUGAUGUUAUGAAGACAUUGAUUCAUCAUAAUCCAAAACCAGAUCUUGAUUUCCCCGAUUCGAGAGACUGCACACCAUUGCAUUACGCUGUGAAAGGAAAUCAACCAGAUGCAGUGUUACUGCUAAUAAAAGCCGGUGCAAAUUUGAAAGAAGAAGAUGAUUGUGGACAAACUCCACCUGAUAUUGCUUUCAAUCAAAAGAUUAAAGAAUGCGUAAAAAUUUUCAUAGAUGAAGGAGUCACAUUCAAGUCAAUAGUUUCAACUUUUCAAAAUAAUACCUGUACACAUAGCCAUAAGCAAGAAUGUGGUAAAAAUGCUGGAAAGGAAGAAGAGGAACCUGUACAAUCUAAAUCAAAGGACCUCUGUAUGCAUUGUGGAGAGCGGGAUAAAUUUGUUAAAUUUGAACCAUGCGGCUGCAUUGUUUUAUGUUUUGAAUGUUCAUUCAUCAAUGCAGCAUGCAUGAACUGUGGAGAGCCCAUUGAAAAAUACACUUACACAGAAACCUCCGCAGCAAAUAAUUUAAUAAAAUAUAUCGGAUAUACAAGAAAAGAGAUUCCCAGAUUGAAUAGUCUACAUACAUGUCACAUUUGUGAAGAUGCUCCUAUAGAUGGUGUUUUGAACUGUGGACAUUUAAUGUGCAUUCAAUGCAUGAAAAAACAUAAAACUGAAAAAACAGGCGAACAUAAUCCCAGGCCACCUUGGAUUUGUCCUUAUUGUGUCAAGUCAUCAAGAUAUACGAGGUUGCAUGCAAACUGGCUAAACUGAUCUAAAUGCCAAUAUUUCAUAAGUUAUGUUCUAAUAUAUUAUGCAACAUGGUUUACAAUUAGAAACGAAGCAAUUGAUGAAAGAAACAAUCACUAAAUACUGUUGUUUUGUAUCUUUCGAUUCAUUUAAUUUGUUAACAAUCUUUCAGAAAGAGGUUUCUCAGAUUACCAAUUAGAUUGUAAAAUGAAGUGUAAAUUAAUAUUCCUAAACCAUCGAUACUGACAUGAGAUACCAAUUUGUUAUAAAUAUAUGAUUUCAUUUGCAAUGUCAUUUCCAGGGGUUUGAAUUCAAACUUUUCUGAAUUGUACUCAAACUUGAAAUGUACGUUGUUCUUUCUUUCAACUAAUAGUGUUAUAACUGUAUAUUUAGU